GGGGUUUGAAAGGGGGUGAGAAAGGGAAAGGGGGCGAGGUUGAGGAGGUGGGAGAGGGGGAUAGGAUGGAUGUGGAUUGAAUGUCUGUGGAGCAUGGGCGGCGUGGGCGUUUUGGUAAAUGGAUGGGCUGGAUUGGGAUACCUCUUUUUUGGUUAUUUGGUUUUGGGUUAGCAUCGGGUGUUUGGAUGGCGGGGGUCGGCGGGCGUUGUGUGAUAGAUACCACAUUCAGUCAAGGCAAACCAUCCUUUUUAUGUCCUUUCUCUCCUUGAUAGGGUGUCCUGGUCGCGACAGCCUCACGUACAAGUUGAGAGACAUUCGAGGUGCAUGGAAAGGCGAGAGUGAGGCGUUUUCCCCGAAAGACUGUUCUGGAGUAGAAGCGACGACGGAAAUGGGGAAACUAUUGGUUCUAUCUACGUCAUCGAAGGUAUGGAUCGCUGUUCUGAAGUCUCCAUUAUUGUGACUCGUGUUAAGUUUUGCUACAACCAUUGCUGUUGCGUACUAUCAGAGCGCGGCGACGAAGAUCCUGGAUAGUGAGCGCUUGUGAGUGUUGAGCAACCCUGAUAGGGAGAGCCAGGUAUAGACUGCAUCGCGCCAUUGCGAACCUCACCACCCGUAGACAUCUUAAGAGAACUA